AUGCAAAACUGGAAAGUAAUACAAACAUUGGGGCUGCUUCUUGCAGUAAUGAGGUUCUCACCUGCCGUACUCGACCCUGGGAACUCGGCCAAGGAAAGAAGGGUUGUUGUCUCAGCCGCUGGCGCGGCGGUUCCACUGGUGACGGCGGCGGAAGUUGUCACUGUUGGUGCCUGGGUUGUUGUAAUGAUUUCAAUGCAUAGGCCGGAGUCACAAGUCAGAGGAGCUUGA